AUGGAGGAAAGAGAGGAGGUUAUGGUUUCAUCUGAUGAUGAAGAAGUAAAACCCAUUUUUAGACUUGCUCAUUUUCUUAAACCAACAACCAAAAAACUCCCUUUUCUCCCUUCAAGACUCAAAAUUUCUUGUUCAUCACUAAAAGUUCAGUUUAGGGGUGGUUUUUCAUAUAUGAAGGGAUGGUCUAAAUGGGUUGAUGAGUUAAAGCCUUUACACCAAGAGAUAUGGAAGAAAGCUGGAAUCUUUGAAGGUAUUAUAGCUUCAACAUUUAAGAUUUAUAGGCAUAGUGAUUUGAUUCUUGCUUUAGCUGAGAGAUGGUGUUUGGAGACUAAUACAUUCAUUUACCAUGGGGAGAAGCUACUAUUACUUUGGAGGAUAUGGUGGGUUGACAUUGAAAAAGCUCUUUGUGAGGUUCAUAAAGAUAUUAGAGCGCGUAAAACAAAUGUUGGUCACCAUGCUUGGAUGGAGCAUUUUGAUGGAAGAGGUGACCAUUUGGAGCAUGUUGCAUUUUUGAUCCUUUGGUUGUCAAGGUAUGUGCUUCUUGCUACAAGUUUUCUGGUUGUGGACAGAGCUCUUUUCCCUAUUGCAAUUCAUCUUUCUCAAGUAAUUCCAAUAGCACUUGCCCCUGCUGUUUUAGCUAGUAUUUAUAGGGAUAUGAGCUUGCUUAGACAGUUGAUUGUAUCUUCAGCUAAGAACCAUGUGCCGAGUGAUUCUAGAUUUAUAGAAGAUGUGUUGAAUCCGAACCUUCGGGCUCCUUUUCAGUUUGUUCAGCCAUGGGCUUGGGAGAGAUUUACAAAUUUGCAGCCUAAGCCUAGUAGUAUCAUAUACACUGGGGAGCCAAGAGUAGCUAGAUGGCAUAAGGUGAAAAAACUAAAUCAUGUGAAUCCUAGGAGUGGAAUAGAUUCCGCUGCUGAAUGUUUUUUGUGGUGUCCUUAUGUCGUUGAUAUUGUGAAGAAUUGGGACAUCAUCAGAUUUUACAAGGAGAGGGAUGAAUAUGUGGUGGUUGGACCAAAUAUGGGAAGAGAAAUCAUGGCUUUUGCUCGACUUGUUCGAGCUUCUGAACUAGUUGGAAUGGAUUGUGUUGAACAGUAUAAUCCGCAUAGAGUAUCAAUGCAAUUUGGAUUUGAUCAAGAUGUGCCCGAUUGUGUGAAUCAUGCUAGUGAUCAUAUCCCGAAAAUUGCUUGGACUAAUUAUAACAGACCAAUUAAAGAUGUCAACCUCUAUAUACCUUCUAGGUUCAUCGAGUCGGAUAAAUGUGAAAUGAUAGUAAUAGAAUCAUCAUCAGAUGAUGACGACAAUAUUCCAAUUUCUGUAUCUUUACGCAAGAGGAAACUCAUGAAGAAAGAAAUUAUUGUACCUGGUAAUAAUCAAGAACUCUUCCUUAACAUGCAAAGUCAAUCUUCUUCAGCUUCGAAUGAUGGGACUGCCAGAGCAAGGGAGACUCUAGUGGAAUCAAAACCAAUAAGCGAAAAAUUUGAGGCUUCAAAUGGAAAGUCAAAUGAAGAUGGAGAUGGGCCAUAUGUAGUUAAGGAAAUGGUGCCACUAGAGAGCAAAACAAUGACAAAGAAAGAGCUGGAAUCCAACGUGGUUCGUGUCAAGAUGGACAAUAGUCCUAUCACAGGCAGUGUAACAACAGUAGUUGCUGAGAAAGAGAAACUCGCGAAGGCAUCUCUGGCUUUUAAUUGUAAAAGGUGA